AUGCACAACGCGAUCAACUUUCAUAAUGCAUCUGUAGACGAUAUUCUCUCCCUCGAUAAGAUUCGGGCGAGCUUGCAGCGGAUGGAAGAGUCGAUUGUGUUCCGUGUGAUUGAGCGUGCCCAGUACUCGCACAAUGCACGGAUGUACGAAGAGGGCGCUUUCCCUGAGCUGCGCGAGAAAGAGCACUGGACAGGCACAUGGCUCAUGUACCUGAUUCAGGAGACCGAGUCGAUGCCCGAUGAGCACCCGUUCACGUCCCGCGAGCACCACCCGUCCCCCAUUCUGCGCCCGCUGGACUACCCGCAAGUGCUGCAUCCACACCAUGUGAAUGUCUCGAAAGAGAUUCUCGACUUUUACGUGAACGACACUGUGCCGCGCGUCACGUCGAUGCACGGUGACAAGUCGGACGAUGGCAACUAUGGCUCCGCUGCGAUGUGCGAUAUUGAUGCGCUGGGCUCCAUUGCCCGCCGUAUCUAUUUCGGGAUGUUUGUCUCGGAAGCCAAGUUCCGUGCGGACCCAGCCGCUUUCAUCCCUCACAUCCAAUCGCGCAAUGCCGAGGCGCUGGCGGCGCUGAUUACCAAGCCGGCCGUCGAGAAAGUGCUCUUGGCGCGCGUCGCCCAAAAGGCCGAGGUGUACGGCCAAGACCUGAACCAGACUUCCCCCGAUCCCUCCUCGAUGCAGCGCAAGAUUGAUGCCGGGGAUAUCGUGCGACUCUACGAAGACUUCAUUAUUCCUUUGACCAAGAAAGUCGAAGUGGACUACCUUCUCGAGCGCAGUCUGGAUGGACUGAGCGAAGCGGAGGUGGCCACGUUGGCCCACCCUUCUUCAUAG